AUGGCCUCCGCCGCCGGCGCCGCCGGCUCGUCGCGCUUCAGCGCAUUCAUGAACCACCCCGCCGGGCCGCGCACGGUCUUCUUCUGGGCGCCCAUGAUGAAGUGGUGUCUCGUCGCCGCCGGCAUCAAGGACCUCACGCGUCCGCCCGAGAAGCUCAGCGUGCCGCAGAACCUCGCCCUCGCGGCGACGGGCAUGAUCUGGGUGCGCUACUCGCUCGUCAUCACGCCCGUCAACUACAGCCUGGCGACGGUCAACUUUGUCGUCGGCUCCACGGGCAUUGCGCAGCUGUAUCGCAUCUGGAACUACAACCGCACUAUCGGUGCCGCACCGGCACCAAGUGCGCUCCUUGCCGACGCGCAGCACAAGGGCGAGUCGCUGGCGCACGAUGCGCGGGCAAAGGCCAGCGAGAUCAAGGAGGUCGCGCAGGAGAAGUUUGCCGAGGUCAAGAGCAAGGCAUGA